CUUGAGCCGAGGUCCCCGCUUGGAAGCGGCAUUGUGACCUCACACCAAAGAAUGUCAAACACCAGCAAAAAACAACACGAAUUCCACGACAUCAAUUCACGACGAUGCUUCUUUGAGCCUCAAAGAUUACCCAAUCCAAUGCUACAUACCUCACGCUCACGGGCAAUUGCCCGAGUCUUCUCCUCCUCCCAAGCCUAUCGACAAUCCCAAUAUCUCUCCAGCCCCUCCAACUCACCCACACCAAUAUCUUCCGUCCUCAUCGCAAAUCGUGGAGAAAUCGCGCUACGAGUGGGGAGAACAGCCUCAGCGCUGGGUGUACGCUGCACGACCAUAUAUACUGACCCGGAUGCACAUUCACAACAUGCCUUGUCCAGCCCUUUUGCCGUCAAUCUCGGGAUACCAACCGCAUAUCUCGAUGGUGAACGGAUUAUAAAGGUUGCAAAAGAGCAGGGGUGCCAGGCUUUACAUCCGGGAUAUGGAUUCUUGAGCGAGAACUCAGCGUUUGCAAAGAGGUGUGUGGAGGAGGGACUGGUGUUUAUUGGACCACCAUGGAAGGCUAUUGAGGCUAUGGGGAAUAAAUCUAGGAGUAAGGAGAUUAUGAUUGAAGCGAGUGUUCCGUGUAUACCAGGAUAUCAUGGGGGAAACCAGGAACCGGAGUACCUGUUGGAGGAGGCAAGAAAGAUUGGAUUUCCGGUCAUGGUGAAGGCAGUUAAGGGGGGAGGAGGGAAGGGAAUGAGGAUUGCGAUGAAUGAAGGGGAGUUUUUGACUCAAUUGGAGAGUGCUAAGAGCGAGGGCAGAAAUUCUUUUGGUGAUGAUGAAAUGUUAGUCGAAAAGUACAUUGCCACGCCCAGACACAUUGAGGUUCAAGUGUUUGCCGACAAAUUUGGGAAUGCAGUUGCAUUGGGAGAAAGGGAUUGUAGUCUUCAGAGGAGACAUCAAAAGAUACUGGAAGAAGCUCCAGCUCCAAAUUUGGCUGAAGAUAUCAGACAGGAUUUAUGGGAGAAAGCUCGAGCUGCUGCACUUGCCGUGAACUAUGAAGGUGCUGGGACUGUUGAAUGUAAGACGCCCAGUUUAUUUGUUAACCGUCUCUAACUCAACACUCAGUCAUUUUCAACAACGACACAAAUGAGUUCUUUUUCAUGGAAAUGAAUACCAGGCUCCAAGUCGAGCACCCUGUGACCGAAGAAAUCACCGGCGAGGAUUUGGUAUCGUGGCAAUUUAAGAUUGCCGCUGGGGAGCCGCUCCCACUAGAUCAAGCGGCUAUCACCAAAAGAAUUGCAGAACGAGGAUGGGCAAUUGAAGCCCGUAUAUAUGCGGAGAAUCCCGACCAAAACUUCAUGCCAGAUUCUGGAAAACUGAUUCAUCUCCGAACUCCUCAAAUAUCGGAAGGUGUGCGUAUUGACGCCGGUUUCAUCCAAGGUGAUACAGUGUCAUCAGCGUACGAUGGCAUGAUAGCCAAAUUAAUUAUUUCCGGACCAACUCGUGAAGUCGCCCUUCAAAAAAUGUAUAAUGCGCUACAAGAAUACGAAGUCGUUGGCCUAAGCACCAACAUCGAAUUCAUUAAGAGACUUUGCAAGAGUCCUGCCUUCAUGAGAGGAGAAGUGGAGACAGGCUACAUUCAAAAACACAAUAGCGAAUUAUUUACACCCGAAAUUAUCGAACCCGAGACCUAUGUUCAAGCAGCUCUUGGACUUUUAUUACAAGAACAAUCUCAAAAAUCAAAUCAGGCCCCAGGCCCUCACGGUCAAACAAUCGGCUUUGGGACCAACACAUCACGUUCUUUCUCCCUUCUCCCACCACCCAAUCCAAACGAUAAAGAUUCCACCACCUCUCCUCACCAAAUUGAGAUCUCCCAAAAAGGACCAAAACUCUACGAUGUCUCCAUCAGCCAUCCUUCCUUCUCAAAAACAUACGAGAACCUGAUCAGUGAAGCCACAUCUUCAACCUCCAUCACUACUUUCUUCCCACACACUAGGAUAUCUAGUACUAUCGUUCCCUCAGCUGAUAGCAACGAUCUUACGAUAUUUCAACACGGCAAGAAAACUCAAUUCGCGCUAAAGGAUCCGAGUUGGUUUGAGAAAGCACUGGGAUUGAAUGAUGUGAGGAAUAGUGUUGUGGCUCCUAUGCCUUGCAAGGUUUUGAGGAAUGAGGUGAGGGAGGGAGAUGUGGUGGAGAAUAACCAGGCUUUGGUUGUGUAAGUGCGAUUGUAUCUAUAUAUGGAGAGAAGGGUUGCUAAUGAGUGAUGUAGGAUUGAGAGUAUGAAGAUGGAAACUGUUAUUAGGUCGCCGCAGAAAGGGGUUAUUUCCAAGUUGGUGCAUAAGGAAGGGGUAUGUUCAUCCCUUCUCGGAAUCCUCAAUAUUCCUCAUACAUGUUCUUGAAACUAACAGUUUGUAGGACAUCUGCAAAGCAGGAACGGUCUUGGUUUUAUUUGAAGAGGCAGGUCAGCAGGAAGCAUAACUUUGUCUAAAAUAUGGGAACCGACUCUCGGUUGCAGCAUGAUGAGUGAACAACUCACGCAGAAACUCGAAUCUAUGGCGUUUGGAGGCUUUUAUGAGUUAUGAUGAAUGGGAGUUUGGUACAUGCGCAUUGGCUUUUCUUUCUGCUUUAUAUGGCCUUCCAAGAGCAGAGCGAUAAGUAAAUCUUAGUUGAAAUAGUACUUCGCC